AGCAGUGCGGCCGUCGUGGGUGGUUGGUGUGAGGCUGCGCGCCGCCGCGAGUUCUCACGGUCCCGCAGGCGCCAGCAGCGCAGUCACUCACCGCCGCCGCCACCGCCACCACUGCCACCACGGUCGCCUGCCACAGGGUCUCACUCUGUUGCCCAGGCUGGAGUGCAGUGGCACAAUCUCGGCUCACUGCAACCUCUGCCUCCUGGGUUCAAGCAGUUCUCCUGCCUCAGCCUCCCGAGUAGCUGGGAUUACAGUUUUGAGACAGUCUCUUACUCUGUCAGCUAGGCUGGAGUGCAGAGGCCUGAUCUGGCUCACUACAACCUCCACCUCCUGAGUUCAGGCGACUCUCCUGCCUCAGCCACCCUAGUAGCUGAGACUACAGGUUUCUGCAGUUGAACUCCAAGGUGCAGAAUGGUUUGGAAAGUAGCUGUAUUUCUCAGUGUGACCCUGGGCAUUGGUGCUGUUCCCAUAGAUGAUCCUGAAGAUGGAGGCAAGCACUGGGUAGUGAUCGUGGCGGGUUCAAAUGGCUGGUAUAAUUAUAGGCACCAGGCAGAUGCGUGCCAUGCCUACCAGAUCAUUCACCGGAAUGGGAUUCCCGACGAGCAGAUCAUUGUGAUGAUGUACGACGACAUUGCUUACUCUGAAGAUAAUCCCACUCCAGGAAUUGUGAUCAACAGGCCCAAUGGCACGGAUGUCUAUCAGGGAGUCCCGAAGGACUACACUGGAGAGGAUGUUACCCCACAAAAUUUCCUUGCUGUGUUGAGAGGCGAUGCAGAAGCAGUGAAGGGCGUCGGAUCCGGGAAAGUCCUGAAGAGCGGCCCCCAGGAUCACGUGUUCGUUUACUUCACCGACCAUGGAUCGACUGGAAUACUGGUUUUUCCCAAUGAAGAUCUUCAUGUAAAGGACCUGAAUGAGACCAUCCAUUACAUGUACAAACACAAAAUGUACCGAAAGAUGGUGUUCUACAUUGAAGCCUGUGAGUCUGGGUCCAUGAUGAACCACCUGCCGGAUAACAUCAAUGUUUAUGCAACUACUGCCGCCAACCCCAGAGAGUCGUCCUACGCCUGUUACUAUGAUGAGAAGAGGUCCACAUACCUGGGGGACUGGUACAGCGUCAACUGGAUGGAAGACUCGGACGUGGAAGAUCUGACUAAAGAGACCCUGCACAAGCAGUACCACCUGGUGAAAUCACACACCAACACCAGCCACGUCAUGCAGUACGGAAACAAAACGAUCUCCACCAUGAAAGUGAUGCAGUUUCAGGGUAUGAAGCACAAAGCCAGUUCUCCUCUCUCCCUGCCUCCAGUCACACACCUGGACCUCACCCCCAGCCUUGACGUGCCCCUCACGAUCAUGAAGAGGAAACUGAUGAACACCAAUGAUCUGGAGGAGUCCAGGCAGCUCACGGAGGAGAUCCAGCGGCAUCUGGAUGCCAGGCACCUCAUUGAGAAGUCAGUGCGCAAGAUCGUCUCCUUGCUGGCAGCGUCCGAGGCUGAGGUGGAGCAGCUCCUGUCCGAGAGAGCCCCGCUCACAGGGCACAGCUGCUACCCAGAGGCCCUGCUGCACUUCCGGACCCACUGCUUCAACUGGCACUCCCCCACGGUGAGCCGGCGGGGCUCUCCCCAUGUCUGGAAUCCGGAAGCUGAAUUCAUAUUGUCCCCCGGCAGUCACACUGGAUGGACAACUUUAUAGAAGGUUCCAUCCAGGCUGAGAAACAGUGGGCUCAUUUCAGAGAGGACGAAGGUUGUCCAAAUUCACUGAUUUUAAAUCUUGGCCCCAGAACACUCCUCUCGUCCCAGUGGUAGGAGAGUUUACCAGAGCCAUAGAUGACAGAUGACAGCU